AGAAAUUCCAUGUCGGUGCCUCUCAUUUCGAAUACCAUAAAACAUACACUAUGCUAUACGAGAAACACAUCGGAAUUACACAAAAUGAAGUCAAAAAGUUUGUACGAAAGUGCCCUACUUGUAUCCGAAACGUAUCUAUUAAAGAAAAAAACGAUAUAACACCCACCAUCGCCAGUGCUCCAUUAGAACGUCUCCAGAUGGACCUGGUCAAUCUUCUUUCUUUUGCUGAACAUAAUGAUGGUUAUAGUUACAUUCUCACAAUGACUCACGUUACGUCUGGGUUAUUCCGCUCAAAGACAAAGAAGGAA